CCGCAGAUCAGCUGACUGGGGCCGCUGCUGCCCCGGCUUCCACUGUGGACCCGGCGACUCUCUGGCUGCUACUGCUUCAGUCGUGCCCUUGUCAAUAGGAUGACGAUGCUGCUACUGCUGCUCCUGCUGGGGGGGGCGGGCGUGCUGGUGCUGGCGGCGCCUGUGGAGGAUGAGAUCUCCUACCUGCCCGGCCUGGCCAAGCAGCCGGCCUUCCGCCACUACUCGGGCUACCUCGACGCGUCCGGCACGAAGCGCCUGCACUACUGGUUUGUGGAGUCUCAGAGUAACCCCUCCAAGGACCCCCUGGUUCUGUGGCUGAAUGGAGGCCCCGGCUGUAGCUCCAUGGAGGGACUGUUGGCAGAACACGGACCCUACCUGGUACAACCUGAUGGGGUGUCUCUGCUCUACAACCCGUACGCCUGGAACAAGAUCUCCAGUGUGCUCUACCUUGAGGCCCCAGCCGGAGUGGGCUUCUCCUACGCGGCCGACAAGAACUACACGACCAGUGAUGACCAGGUGUCCAUGGACAACUACCUGGCGCUGAAGAGCUUUUUUGCAAAGUUCCCAGAGUGGAGCAAACACGACUUGUACCUGACAGGGGAGAGCUACGCGGGCUUCUACCUUCCCACCCUCGCCGUGCGCGUCAUGGAGGAUCCCAGCAUCAACCUCAAGGGAAUGGCGGUGGGAAAUGCCCUUUCCAGCUUUGAAAUCAACGACAAUUCCAUCGUUUAUUUUGCCUACUACCACGGACUGAUCGGGGAGGACUUGUGGGUGAAUCUGCAGCAGCACUGCUGCUCGGAAGGCAAGUGCAACUUCUUUAGCCCUGGUGACCCGCAGUGCUCCAAGCUGGUAGAGAAAGUAUCUGUGGUGGUUGGGGGGAUCGGACUGAACAUCUACAACCUGUACGCGCCCUGUGCCGGGGGCGUGCCCCCUCCUGCCACGCGGUCGACAGAGUGGGCUUUGCCAUGGUACCAUCGUUUUCUUUUCAGUCAACACAAAUUCCAGCACUUGCAUGUCGAGGCGCUGUGGAAGUUGCACAGCCGGCGUGGCCCGGUGCGUCUAGACCCACCCUGCGUCAACUCCAGCAACAUGGCCGCCUACCUCAACGACGACUACGUGCGGCGUGCGCUGCACAUCCCCUCGGGCGUUCCAACCUGGGAGAUAUGCAGUGCAGAAGUUGGCUCGCACUAUCAGUCCACCUACACGAGCAUGAAGGACCACUACCUCAAGCUGCUCGGAGCCCUGAAAUACCGGAUCCUGCUCUACAAUGGGGACGUGGACAUGGCCUGCAACUUCCUGGGGGAGGAGUGGUUUGUGGAGUCGCUGCAGCAGAAGGUGGCAGUGGAGAGGCGGCCGUGGCUGUUUGAGGAUGGCAGCAGCCAAAUCGCCGGUUUUGUCAAGGAGUUCUCCAACCUUGCCUUGCUCACCGUCAAGGGUGCAGGCCACAUGGUGCCCACGGACAACCCCCGUGCAGCCUACACGAUGUUUUCACACUUCAUACAGAAGCAGCCCUUCUGAUUCCAGUAAAAGGCCAGCACCGGCCUCAUGCUGCUAGAUUUUCCAAGCUGGAACAUGUUGCUGCGUUUGGACCUUGAUGUUAGAAAGGUGUCAUAGCUUGUCCAAUUACUUCCUUAAUCUUGAUCAAUCUUGAAUCUGUCAUAAUAAGUUUCAACUUUAACUGAGCCUUAUGCAUAAUAACCAUAAUGCAUUUUUUUAAAUGUCAGAAUAAUUUCUUAUAUUUUACUAGGCUCCUGUAAUUAUGUUCAAACAGAUCUGAGUCACUACUGCAGCACAAUUUUUGUUUAAUUCUGUGCGUACUGCAGGUGUUUUCUGUAAGAUGGUAUUUUUCACGUGCACUUGUGUGAGCAAUGGUCAAUAAAAUUUCAACUUUGGACAAGUUGUGGAUUACCAUC